AAAAUCCAUGGAUAUCAUUUUUACCCCAGUUCCAUAGAGAAACCAUAGAAGAAAAUAACCAGGAAAUGUUACUUUUCAGCAUAUACUGUCUAUGUAAGGAUAGCAGUGUUUUCCUGGGAGAAGUUGAUGGAGCUGCCAGCAACUAACAGAAUGGAAAAGGUGAUCAGCUGUUUUAAGAAGAGCCCAGAUGCUGUGGCCAGGCUGAUAUGCUUCCCCUGGGCAGGUGGAGGGUCCAUCCACUAUGCACGCUGGGGAAACGUCCUCAGCAGCUCCAUAGAAGGCAGAGAGAGUCGAGCCAAAGAGCCGUUCUUUCAGAACAUGCAGCAGGUUGUGGACGAGGUUAUAAGUGUGUUGUUACCAUUGCUGAAAGAGAAGCCGUUUGCUCUGUUCGGACACAGUUUUGGUGCCUUCACCAGUUUCGCCGUGGCAGAUGCUCUGAAGAGACUGCACAACCUCGAACCCGUUCAUAUCUUCCUGUCUGGUGCCUCUGCACCUUAUUCAGAGACGCGUAUCCAAGCCCCAAAGAGAAGCGAUUUAUCUGAUGAUGAUUUUCUCAAGUGGUUGAUUUCGAUUGGAGGAACUCCUCCUGAGUUGCUGGCGAACCCUGAAGUGCUGAAGCUCUUCCUUCCUGCCCUGAAGGCCGACCUGCACAUUGUGGAAAACUACAGGUGUAACGAGCCAGACAUUCCGUUUCUCUCCUGCGCAGUCACGUGUUUUGAUGGAAAGGAUGACAUUCCUCAUGACUUACCAGCUUGGAAAAGCAUCACAUCAGGUGAUUUCACCGUCAGGAUGCUCGACGGAUCCCAUUUUUAUCUGAAGGAGUCUGGAAAUGAAAAGAUUAUAUUAGACUACGUCACAAAGCAGGUGGAAACAUCAGAAAUGGACUAUUUAUAAUGAAAUCACUUUAUAUUGUAUCUAAAAAUGUUUUUUUUUACUAAUUCAUUGUGAUUGAAAUUCAUUCUGGAAGUAAUUUCAGAAGUGUGAAAAAUUGUGACAAAUCUGUGUGUGGUGGAUAAUAAAGAGUCAUUUAACACAA